UCCGAGCUCAUCGACACAGUCCCGGAGCUGAAGGCAAGUGAGAUCAGAAAAUGCUGCGCGCUGUUUUCUCCCGAACUUUCCCACAAGUUUUCCGGAUCUCGGCAUGUCAGCACUCAACGAUUCCCGCCUCGAAUGUUCAUCCAGACGUUCACUUCAACAAGAUUUUCAUCAGCAAUGAGUGGCAUGAUGCAGUAAGCAAGAAAACGUUUCCAACCAUCAAUCCUGCUACGGGUGAGGUUGUCUGCCAGGUCGCAGAGGGCGAUAAGGCGGAUGUGGAAAAAGCUGUCAAGGCUGCCAAAGAUGCCUUUAAGCUCGGGUCUCCCUGGCGGCGUAUGGAUGCGUCCCACCGCGGGCUGCUCUUGAGCUGAUUGGCAGACUGCAUAGAGAGAGAUGCUGCCUAUUUAGCUGAACUAGAGACUCUUGACAAUGGAAAGCCAUAUGCUGUCUUCUACACUGUGGAUGUGCCCAUGGUGGUCAAGUGCUUGAGGUAUUAUGCUGGCUGGGCAGACAAAUGGGAGGGGAAGACCAUUCCCAUUGAUGGUGAUUACUUCUGCUACACCAGGCAUGAGCCCAUUGGUGUGUGUGGCCAAAUUAUCCCUUGGAACUUCCCACUGUUGAUGCAGGCGUGGAAACUCGGUCCUGCUCUGGCCACAGGGAACACGGUGGUGAUGAAGGUGGCAGAACAGACGCCCCUCACUGCCCUGUAUGUCGCCAGUCUGAUCAAAGAGGUGGGUUUCCCUGCUGGUGUCGUCAACAUUAUCCCAGGAAUGGGUCCCACGGCAGGGGCAGCCAUUGCGUCUCACAUGGAUGUGGACAAAGUAGCGUUCACUGGCUCCACUGAGGUAGGUCACCUCAUCCUGAAAGCCUCAAGUAGCAGUAAUCUGAAGAAGAUCACACUGGAGCUGGGAGGAAAGAGUCCAAACAUCAUUCUGUCAGAUGCUAAAAUGGAGGAGGCAGUGGAGCAGUCUCAUUUCGCCCUGUUCUUCAACCGAGGCCAGUGCUGUUGUGCAGGCUCUCGCACGUUUGUGCAGGAGAGCAUCUACGAUGAGUUUGUUGAGCGGAGCGUAGAGAGAGCUAAGAAGAGGAUUGUGGGAGACCCCUUUGACUUGAACAUGGAGCAGGGCCCCCAGGUGGAUGAGGAACAGUUCCAGAAGAUUCUUGGCUACAUCAGCAGUGGGAAGCGUGAUGGCGCUAAGCUCAUGUGUGGCGGCGAGGCGGCAGCUGACCGCGGUUACUUCAUCCAGCCCACCAUCUUCAGAGAUGUUAAAGAUGACAUGACAAUUGCUCGGGAGGAGAUCUUUGGACCUGUGAUGCAAAUUCUGAAGUUUAGAUCUUUAGAGGAAGUGAUUGAGAGAGCCAAUGCAGUUGCUGUUUUUACCCAAAACAUUGACAAGGCCCAUUACAUAUCCAACGGCCUGCGCGCUGGCACUGUGUGGAUUAACUGUUAUGACGUGUUUGGAGCUCAGGCUCCAUUUGGGGGAUACAAGUCCUCGGGAAUCGGUCGUGAGUUAGGAGAGUAUGGACUGGACAACUACACAGAGGUCAAAACGGUUACAAUUAAGGUCCCUCAGAAAAAUUCGUAAAUGGAUGAAUUCACCUAAUUAUAAGAGUCAUGCCAGACAUUAUUAAAAAUGAACAUUAUUCUGAUUCUCAUCCAUCAACACGAGUAAUGUGCUAAUGUGAACUGAAAAAUAAUACGUGUUUAGUCCAAAUUCUCGUCUGUAACAAUAGUUCUAACAGUGAUGAUUAGUUAGUCACGUAUAGUUGAUUUUACGGAAGUUAUUGCUAUGAUUAUCCACCAGACAAAAGGAGAGAAGAUUUGUAUUGGGCUGACUUUAUUCGGUUUAAUUCAAGCAUUAUAUAGACAGCAUAAUGACUACAAUUAUUUGCAUGUAUGCACUGAUUUGCGUAAUAAAUGCUUCAGAUAUUGUAUUUGUUUAAUUAAUUUAUUCAUUUUUAUUAAUUCAUUUA